AUGAACGUCAACAGGAAGUUUGAUCGCUUCAAGCAAUGGGCGGGGGAGAGGAUGGGUGGUGAGGUCAAAACCAAUCUCUCGGAUGAUUUCAAAGCCAUGGAGACAGAAAUGGGCGUGCGGAACGAGGGUCUUGAUCGCCUUCAUAAGUCCAUGAUUGCCUACGUCAAAGCCGUCUCGAAGCGCAGCGAAGGCGAUGACAAAGAGAAGACAUUGCCAAUCGGUCAUUUGGGCACUAGCAUGGUCAGCCAUGGCGAGGACUAUGACGCCAAUUCCGAAUACGGUCGUUGCCUAACAAAGUUCGGACGGACAGAGGAGCGCAUUGCUCGCCUCCAGGAGUCGUAUAUCGCAGAGGCAAACUCAAGCUGGCUUGAGUCCCUGGACCGGUCCUUGGCGCAGAUGAAACAGUACCAGAAUGCUCGUAGGAAACUCGACAGCCGGCGGUUGGCUUUUGACACUUCGCUGUCCAAAAUGCAGAAGGCAAAGAAGGAGGACUUUCGCGCAGAGGAAGAACUUCGAACCCAGAAGGCUAAAUAUGAGGAGGCCAACGAUGAUGUAUACCGGCGGAUGCAGGACAUCAAAGAAGGCGAAGUAGAGAGCAUUGCAGAUUUGGAAACAUUUUUGGAAGCGCAAUUGAACUACCACGAGAAGUGCAGAGAAGUGCUUCUCCAACUCAAGAAUGAAUGGCCUGGCCGGCAAUCACAGAUACAAAGCUCGACUGGUCGGCGCCCUGGUCGUGCCCGUGCUAGCACAGCCCAUUCGUAUCAGGAGCGCUACGAACCCCUGCAUGAGGAACUUAGUAACUCGGCAGAUCUGCGCCCCAUUAUUCGGUCAAGCAGGUCUCCGUCCGAUGUGGGGGACCCGAGAGAAGUCUAUGUCCCGGAGCCUGUACCGCAGAGACCUUUCCUCAAUAGGACUUCGACGUUUGAAAGUCCAGCACAAUUACGACAGGAACAAGCGUAUAGCCCAAGUCCUCGGCCAUAUAGAGUGCCUAGCGAGAAUUUUAUUACCGGCAGAAACAGCCUCCUGACUCGGAUGGCCGCCGAUCCGUCUGAGGACACCAGCCCGCGAUCUGGCACUAGCCCCGAUAGAAUGUACCAGGGACGAUCUGAUUCCCCAGUAUCAUCAUUCGGGGGUGUUACGAGAAGAAGCAGUUCGACUACAUUGAACGGGGCUGCGGUACAGAAAAAAGCACCUCCACCCCCUCCACCUUCGCGUGCGAAGAAGCCGCCACCGCCGCCGCCUAUGAAGAAACCUAUACUCAGUGCUGGCGAGGCAUAG